UGUCCAAAGGGUCCAGCUGCUUCACCUCCAAGCAAAUCAAGCUCCUUUCCUCUUCCAUUUCAAAAGAGAAAAGAAAGACAGAAUUUCUCUUCUUUUCUUCUCUCACUCAGGUCUCAUCUCAUUUCCUUCCUUUCUCCUUUUUUUUUUCUCCUCCCUUUUCAAACGAGAUUUCGCGGGAAAAUACAGCCCCUUCAUAGAACGUAAAAACAGAAGCAAUUUUUUUUUUUUUUCUCCUCUUUCCGUUCCUUCUCCUUACUUCUCAGCUGGUAAUCGUAGCGAAGCAGAGCACGAUUUUCUCCUGCUUUUUUUUUUUCCCCUAGAAUUUCUUCUCAGAUCUUCUGUUUCUUUUCCCCCUUUCUUCUCGCAUCCACUAUAAAUCGCCAAAAACCGUGGGAGACUGCUCAGGAAACGCGAAAAAAUCGCAUCAUUCGAGUAAGCGCUAUAUAGGAUAGCGAAAUAUUGAUCAAGCGACGAGAAAUCAGCUCGAAAUAGUGGAUUCAUAGCUUCGAAGUAGAGAGUCUAUCAAACGGCGAUUGGUCUGUUCGAUUCUCGAUAUCUAUUAAUGAUGCUGUGAAUCCGCCAUUCUUUGCUUAUUUCUCGUCUUCCGAUACUUACCAAAAACAAAAACAAAAGAAGCCGACUCGAUCUCUAAUUCUCUGAUGGAUCUGUUCGAGAUCGAUACCGUGAAAGCCGAGAAAGCUAACGCGAUGAAAAGAUACCGUAGGAUCCGAAAGAUCGCGAUCGUUUUCAGAAUCGUCGAGGUCUGCGUCGCUUUCGUCUUCAUCUCCUGGUUUUCCGCUCGCCUACCUAUCGCCGUCAAAAUCUCCGGUGACUUUGUCCGGCACCUCUCCGUCAUUCUCGUCAGCCCGCUUUUCGUUUUCCUCGUGGGAAACGCCAUUGUCGUGACGCUCUUCCUCAAAUCGGGCCAAAAUCCAGCCGGAAACUCCAGCGUCGAUCUAUACGACGAGUUCUUGAAGAACAGCGAAAAUCGCCACAAGACUCGCAAGGAAACUCCGCCGCCGGAGGAGGAAAAGGAGACGGCAUGCGAAGACAAGUCCGUAGUGUACACCGAGAAUACGCAUGCGUGUACGAAUACGGAUACGAGCAUGAGGAAGGCUUACCGAAGGAGCCGAUCGGAAAACAUGAGCACUGAGAAGAAGAGGGAACUCCGGCGGUCGAAGACGGACGUAUGUCCAAAAGUGGAGAAAUCUGGGGAGAAACCGGCGGAUUUUCCGUAUUCGGGGCCGGAGAUGAGUAGCGAGGAGUUCCAGCGCAAGAUAGAGGCGUUCAUUGCGAAGCAGCAGAAGUUCCUGAGAGAAGAGUCGAUGGCCAUCGUCCUGCGGUGUGAGAGCUGAAAAAAAAAAAGAAAGAAAAAAGAUUUGGAAAUCUCCGCAGUAAAAAAGAAAAAAAAAAAAAAAAAGAAAAAGAAAAAAUCCUAUCGUUUCUUGUUCCUUUUUUCCUUUUUCUUUUGUUUAAAUCACCUGAUGCUGUAUUUCUGUACAUAGUAAUUAAAUAGGACUGAAGAAAAGAGCGAUGGAUUUAGCCUUUUUUU